UCAAACUAAAAUUUCUACCUAAUUAAUAAAAUGGAAGACAGUGAAAUUCUAGAAACUCAAAUAGUGGAUUUAACUCAACAGAAGAAAAAUCUUGAAAAAAAGCUUGCCGAAGAAACCCAAAAGCUAACUUAGAGUAAUGCUGAUAAAUAAAAUUUAAACAAUUAAGUUAGCACUUUAAAUUGUCAACUAUCACAAGAAAAAAACAAAGUAAGUAACCUUACUACCUAAUUAGAGACAGAUAAGAAAAAUCUUAAUUAAUAACUAACAACAGAGAAAGAUAAAAAUACAAAUUUAACUAAAUAGCUUGAUGACUUAAGGAAAGAAUUAACUGAUUAAACUAACAAUCUUAAAUCUGAAUUAGCUCAGCAAAAAGAGAAAACAAAGGUAUCUGAAGACUAAAACAAAACUCUCACCGAGUAAAUUACUAACGCAAAUAACCUACUCGCAUUAGAAAAAGAUAAUUAAGUUAAGUUGAAAAACGGGUUUGAGGAUGAAAAGAAAAGUCUAAACUAAACUGUGUAAAAAACUCAAAAAGAAUUAGAAGUUCUAAAAUCUGAAAAUAAAACCAUGAAAAAUUCAAUUGAAGAAUUAAAUAAAUAAUUAUCUGAGAUGAAAUAAAAUCUACAAGAAAAAAUUGAGGGUUUAGAUUUAGCUAAUAAAAAACUAUCAGAAUAAGAAUAAGAGAUCUUAAAUCUAAAACUGCAAAAAGAAAAAAUCAUCAAAUCUAUAAAAAAAAAAAAGUAGAUUUAUUUUAAUCUUGAAUAAAAAUUUAAUGAUGGAUAAAGCUAAAAUAAAAAACUUUAAUCCACAUUAGAUGAUUCUUUAAGAUAAUAAAAUUAAUUUAAACAAGAAAUCAUCCAAUUUUAAGAACGAAUUCAAGCACUCACUGAAGAAAACAAAAGAUUCUAGAAUCAACUUUAAGUAGUAUCUAAAGAACCGCAAAGUAUCUAACAAUUUUAAACUACUUCUUACGACUAGCAAUUAAACUUAACCGAUCUCUUUAAGAAAAAACCAUAAAUCAAAGAUUUUUUCAACUUUUAAUAUGAAGAAAGUGAGUAAAAUGUAACAGUAAGCUUAUUAUCAUACUCAAAAGGAUCAUCCUACAUCCUAAGCUAAAUCUUAGAAAAGAAUAUCACUAAAUAAAAAAAUAAUGACAAUAGCAUAUUCAUCCAUAAUCACAAAGUUAACGAAUUGCAAAGUUCGCUGUUUCUCAACACUAAAAAAAUGGGAUAACCAAUUACUUGCUAUAAAAAAAAUGAACACAAUAACUAAUCAUUAAAAAUGAAACAUUAGUAUUUUGAUUAAUAAGAAAUAUAAAAUCAACAAAUGAUCCAAAGUUUCUUAAUUGAUCUGGUGUCAAAUAUAAGUGACGUCUAAAUCCUUGUUGUAAAUGAAGUUACUGAGCAAGAAUAAAAUUUGAUAAUGAAACUUAAAUCAGAUUUUUUGCAAAACAAGUAUGCAAAAAAUGAUAAAUAACUUAUUAUCAUCCAUUUACUUACAUAGUAUGAUGAAGAACAAAUUGAGGAAUAUUCUCAAAAUAUUCAAGGUUUCUUUAAAUUAACUGAAAAAUAUCACUAAAACAAUAAGUACUUCAAAGAUCAAGAUUAUAAAAAUAUAUCUCAUUUUGUCAUAGGUAAUGAAUAUCUACAAGAAAAAGAAAAGUAUUUUACUUUUCCAAUCUAUAAAAUAAAGUAGAUGAUUUUCGAAGAAAUGUUCAUUGAUGGAUACUCUAUUUAUGAUAGAAUUUAAGAAUUCUUAAACAAAUAUUACUCCUUUUAUGUUCAAAUCGAUAACUAAGAUGAUAUCAAGCGUCAAUAUCUGGAAUAAUAACCUUUAUUAAAAAAUGACAGAAAUUAAAUAAUGAUGAGUUCAAAUUAGAAUGAUUAAGAUAACAUUUGUGAAAACAAUUAAAUUAAGGAACUGUUUAUAAGAAAAGAUAACAAUCUAAUUCUGAAUGAAGAAUUAUAUGAUUUUUUGGAAGUCAAAAAUUACAAUUAUAAACUUCAAUAGAAAACCAUAACUGAAGUAAAUUACAGACUAGAAGUCUCCAACGAUUAAUAAUAGCUCUUAGUAAUUAUCGAAAUUCCUGCUAAAGUCGAAUAAGCGAAAAUUGAAUUGUGUGUCAAUACUAAUAAGCUGCUAAUUUUUGCCUAAAAGUUAAUACCUAAUAGUAAUAAGUUUUAGAAAAUAAUAUAUUAACUACAAAAUCAUAUCUUCUAAUACUACGAAAUAUUUAAAGAACAACCUUUUUAAAAUAAAGAUGGUGCUUAUAUUGUCUGUCUAAAAAGAAUAGAAAAGUAUAGUUAAUAAAAACUUGCCCAAUUAUGCAAGAACUUUGAAUAUUAGUUUUAGCUAAACUAAUUUGAUUUUAACAGUUCUCAAUAGAUAAAAGAUUGA